GAACAAAAUUGUCCGUUUAUCUAUUUUCAUUUACGUUAAUUCAAAUAAAUCUGAAAGAAAGUUUAAUAAAUCAGUUAAAAUGUAUUUUAUGGGAAGUAAAGAUUAGGACAGAUAGGUUCCAUCUGCAUCUGUUUGCGAUUGAAAAAUAUCUUUGGUUUUAUAUUUGUCCUCCGCGUUCCAAUCGACGGUACACUGUAUGUGACAAUUUACUUUGACUUACCGGUACAAGUAAAAUUAAAACAAGAAAUAUGAAAUAUACACCAACUUUAUUCAAUUGCUAGAAUGUGUAUUUCGGUUGAAAGAAAAAAGAAUAACGAUGGGGAUAUAUAAAAGUAUACACAUUGUAAGAAAAUGUAAAUUAUCAAUAGCAUUGGAAUCGCAAAAAAGAGAAAUAUGAUUUAUAGAAACAUGGACGAUCCAUUAAGCAGCAAAUAGGACAGAUAUUCCUACAAAUAGCCAAUUUAGCAAGAAGCAAUCUAAAGAAGCGGCGAUCUGAGUGAUUUCCGUUCCUUCUCCCGGACUGGGCACGGAUUCUCUUAUUGUCGGAGAGAGCGCGUUUGGAGCUAAUAACGCGUUCAGUAUUAGCGCAUUCAGCAGCGAACACCCUCAUCUAAUGGCGCUCUCCAGCCAAGCUGAGCGGGAUUAAGUUGAAGAAGAUGGAUGUCGCGAGGCUGAUGGUUUUGUUUUACUUUGACGUGUGGCAAGUACUUGUAUUUCAUUGUUUUCUAUCGAAACAAACAUGCUUUUCUUUAAUUAACAAUCUAUUUGUUUUGAUAAUACCUACGCCGAUUUUAUGUUAUUCUGUUGUUAGUGUGUGUUGAUACAUGUAAUGGAAUAAAGAUAACAAUUUUCAAACAACAAACCUUACUGAAUUGCGGUCUUGUCGACAACACUUUAGGUACUAACGUCUGAAAACAAGAAAUUCUAUUCAAUUUAUUUUUAAGCAAAAAUGUUAAUAUCAUGGCCUGGUUACUGUCAACAAUUAAAAUGACACCAAGAUAAUUGACAGGUUGCUGUCAGAAAAGUCUUUGGUGAAAUAUUAGUUCUCUAUGAUUCUCUUUGUUUUCUUUUCAGCUUUUCAGAUGACCUCACACUAAGGAAGAACGUCACCAUAUUGUUAGAUAACCUGUUACAGACCUACGACAAGUCGGUGCGACCUGCAGGGCGGGAUGGACCACUGGUUAUUAAAACCAAUAUGCUGGUACGGAGUAUGGGACCUAUCACAGAAUCUGAAAUGACAUACUCCCUUCAGUGUUACCUAAGACAGAGCUGGCACGACGAACGCCUGAAGUUUGACCUUCCCAACGUCACAGAGGUCACUCUCAGCAACACGUUUCUCAAGGACAUCUGGAAGCCUAACACGUACUUCCUGAACGGUCGCUUGUCUACCCAGCCCAACAUCACCGUCCCGAAUGUAUUUGUUCGGAUCCGGAAGGACGGCAGUAUUUACAUGUCUCGCAGGUUAACAAUUAACGCAAAAUGCCCCAUGAAUCUCUUGGACUAUCCAAUGGAUGCCCCCGUUUGUCCUUUGCUGUUGGCUGGAUAUGGCUACACGACAGAUGAAAUCAUUUACAGGUGGCAAACCUCAAACAAAUCUGGGGUAGAAAUAUAUGAUGACGUCACACUAUCACAGUUUGAUAUAGUCUCUAUCUGGACUGCGAAUAAUACUUACUCCGAUGCAUUAGGGACACAGUCCGGCCUUGAAGUCUACUUUCAUCUAAAGCGGCACAUCGGCUUCUUCAUGCUCCAGACUUAUCUGCCGUGCACUCUGAUCGUCUGCCUUUCAUGGGUCUCGUUCUGGAUAAACCGAGAUGCAGCUCCUGCAAGAGUUCUUUUAGGUGUGACGACAAUCCUGUCCACAGCGGCCGUGGGUCUGAUUCAGAGGGACGGACUUCCCAGAGUUCCCUACGCCACCGCCCUUGACGUCUUCCUGAACGUCUGCAUCUUCUACAACCUAGCCGCCAUCAUACAGUACUCCGCCGUGAACUACUUCACGAAGAUUCUUCCUAAAGAAGGAGGAGCGUCCGACGAUGAGGAUGAAACGGAAAAUGUUUUGAAUGAAGACCAAAAUGGCGUGUUGGACUGGAAUUCGACAAUAGGAAAAGAGACGCAAACCGGAUGUAUGAUAUUGUUCUGUAGGUGUCUUCUGGGCAACUUCCGGUUUCGGUACAACAUGGUGAAAUCCGCCGACGCAGCUAAUGGAAAUAGUGUCAGCAGUAUAGACAUUUUAUCUAGAUAUAUAUUUCCACUUUCUUUUUGUCUUUUCCAAGCUUUUUAUUGGGCUUGGUAUCUCCGAUUUAAACUCUCUUAGAUAGAAAAGAAGACGAGCGAAUUAUUUCCGGGACAGGCAUUUCUCACGCCCCGCAUCAAUAAAAAUUAUCGUGAUAAUUAUUCACGAAAAUAUGUGUUUUAUGAUGGAAUGACUUAUUCACAGUUUCGCAUUGACGAGAUUACGAGUUUUUUAUCUAUCAAUGCAACGGUUUUUGGGAGUUGAUUUUAAAUUAACUCUCCUAUGCAGUUACGCAGGCAAACCGAAAGUGAAACAGUGUUCGGACCUAAGCACAAACUAACACCGCUGAUAACAUUUAGUCCUUGAAAAUAAUCGAUAAAUUCAAUGUAAUGUAUACUAAAACAUUGUUUUUCAAGGAAACUUAUUUAUAGAUGCCUUGUAAAUAGUCCAAUUUUAAGUGGUACGAACAAUUUAGAUUUUUUUUGUAGUCGUACAUUGUAUGUAUUCCUACGCCAGAGUUCAACAUAUCCGUAAAUCUCCGACAAGCAGAGAGUUUCUCUUGCAUAUCGUAGAUAAACGGAUACAGUCGAGCGUCUUGUUGAACGAGACUAGAGUUCAAUACUGCAUGGAUCUAUACUAUUUCUUUGAAAUAUCGAUUACUGAUACGUAGUUUGAUGGAAUUAAUUCUUUGAAUAUUACACAACAUGAUUCAUAUGGGGUUUUCGCGAAAUUCUUGUCGGAGAAUAAUUCAUUUUUUUUUUAAAUGUGCAUAAUUCAAAUACAUAUAGGAAACUACUUGCCAUGCAAAAUAAUAUAUCGUUGAUUCUAAAAUAAAUAAUAAUCGAUAAAAUCAACUCCCGUCAGUUCUUUAGUAUUUGAUUAGUUUUAGUACAAAACUUUGUCCAGUUUCUUCUUAGCUUGAUUUUUAGUUAUGAUUUAAUAUGUUGUUUGAUCGCCUUCGCUGGCGGUUGUUUUGAUAAAAAUUAUGAAUGAAAAUUACAUGAGAAUAAAUAAACAAAACCAUUUUUCCAAGUUUCAUGACCUUUAUUUGUUUUAUGUCUUGACAUUUUACAAUAUUUAUAUUUUAAAAUAUCUCUAAUGAAACACAAAUUAAACAAUUACCUGGCUAAAAGAAACUAUUAAAACCAUCAUUGAUAAAAUCUACAGGUUAUAGGAAGGAAAUAUGGAAAAUCGAUGAGUGUGCCAAAAAUAAAUAUUUGAACAUCUUUUAAGUAUUAGUAAUUGAACAAUUUUUUAACCCUUAAAAAACUGGAAUGGAUUAUGUUCUACAGGUAUUGUAGUACCUGUUUAUUGUUUCAGUGAAUUAAUGUUUAACGUGUUUUUCUCAUAGACAGUUGAAAUUAUUUGUAUCCAAAAAAAGUAUUUUCCAAAACAUAGGUGUAUAGAACCACAAAUGUACGACAAUGUUAACGUGGCUAUUGGUAACUCAUAGGUGAUUUUACCGGCUAUUGGUAACUCAUAGGUGAUUUUACCGUCGAUGGUUCGAUUCCACCAAGUUGUGAUUUUUUUUUAAUUUCAUUGAAUGAAGUAUAAGAAUUGAACGUUCAAA